CCGCCUCGCCAUGGUCGCCUCGUCCUUCGCCCUCCUCGGCACCCUCGCGCUCGUCGGCUCGGCCGCAGCCACCUACACGCCCGGCUCGACCACGAUCAAGCUCCAGGCGCGCGACCUCGGGCUCAAGAACGGCGACGGCUCCGUCAACAUUCCUGGCCUCCUCGCCGAGACGGAGCGCCUGUCCAGGAAAUUCGAGCGCAACCGCAUGAACCAGGUCUACUACGCGCAGACGAUGAAGGACCCGGUCGCACGCCAGAAGCGUGGGACGAUGCCUCUCAGCCUGCCCGACCCGGAAAACGCCGUCUGGACGGGCCGAGUCUCGGUCGGCUCGCCUGCGCAGACGUUCUCUAUCUUCUUCGACUCGGGCUCGUCCGACUUUACGCUGGCCUCGACCGCGUGCACGACCUCGUGCGGGACCAAGAAGCGCUACGACACGGCCGCGAGCUCGUCGGCGGUCAAGACGACCAAGCAGGUCCGCACCAGCUUUGUCGACGGCACGUCGUCGAUCGGCGUCGUCUACACCGACACGGUCACCGCCGGCGGCAGCACGGCGACGGGCCAGGACAUUGUCGCGGCAACUUCGCUCUCGUCGACGGUCUCGGGACUCGCUUCAGACGGCAGGAUGGGCCUCUCUUACCCGUCGCUCUCGUCGGCCGGCUCGUCGUCGCUCAUGUUCACCCUGGCGGCCCAAGGGCAGUACGUCACGAACCCGUACUUCUCGAUCCGCCUCAGCUACACCGGCCGGAGCGAGAUCACCUUUGGCGGCUCGAACAGGGCGCGCAUCGCCGGCACGCCCCGGUGGUACAACGUCACGCCGGCCCCGAACGGCAUCCGCACCUACUGGCAGAUGGGCCUGUCGGCCCCCAUGAUCAGCGGCAAGCUCGCCGCUCCCGUCGCCACCCACAUCCUCGACUCGGGCACGACGCUCAUCAUCGCGCCGCCGUCGGCCGCCGCCGCCUUCUGGUCCAACGUGCCCGGCGCCGAGUCGUACAGCGACGAGUUCUGGACCUACCCGUGCGCCUCGCCGCCCGACCUCGCCUUUGGCUUUGAGCGCGCGUACGCGACCAAGUGGGCCGUCGCCGAAUCUUCGUUCAACCUUGGGUACCUGCAGGAGGCGCCCGACCGCUGCGUCGGCGCCGUCAUUGGCUCGGACCUCGGCCUCGGCUCGUCCUGGCUCCUCGGCGACGCCUUUAUGACUAACGUGUACGUCAUGCACGACGUCGUCGCCAACCGCAUCGGCCUUUCGCUCGCUCGUUGAGCAUCUCGCCCCUCGCCGUCACCCUCCUCACGACCUUCUCAAGUCACUCGUCCUCGACUGUCGGCGCGCCAAGUCGCUAGAUCUGUAGACGGAUAGAGCUAUUUUGAGCACGAUCCUUCUUCUGUCCUC